AUGACGUGCCUCUCGGGUGGACUGUCUCGCCCGCUUCGUUCGUGGGCAGCUUUGCUCUCGACAGUCCUGCUGGGAACGCAGGCCGUUCGAGCUAUAGACCUGAAUCUGGACGAUCCUGACUCGAUAGAAGCAGCCGCAAAAGCCGUCGCAACGGAGAUGGUUAGUUACUACACCGGGAUGAAUCCAGGCGAUGUUCCCGGCAACCUCCCUGAUCCAUACUACUGGUGGGAAGCGGGCGCCAUGUUCGGCGCAUUGAUCGACUACUGGUUCUACACGGGCGACGACACCUGGAACAAUAUCACGAUGCAGGCGAUGUUGUGGCAGGCCGGUCCAGAUGGGACCUUCAUGCCGACCAACCAGUCCCGCACCGAAGGCAACGACGACCAGGCGUUCUGGGGCAUGGCAGCCAUGUCCGCCGCGGAGCGGAACUUUCCCAAUCCACCGGAGGACCAGCCGCAGUGGUUGGCCAUGGCUCAGGCGGUCUUCAAUUCGCAGGCAAACCGCUGGGACCAGUCGAGCUGUGGAGGCGGUCUCCGAUGGCAGAUAUUCACCUGGAACAACGGGUACAACUAUAAGAACACAAUCUCGAACGGAUGCUUCUUCAACAUCGCUGCACGACUGGCGAAGUAUACCAACAAUCACACGUACGCCGAGUGGGCGGAGAGGGCGUGGCACUGGACGGUAGAUGUUGGAUUCAUGACCGAGGACUAUCGAUUCUGGGACGGGGCAGAUGACACGAAGAAUUGUACCGAGUUUAACAAAAUCGAAUGGACUUACAAUUCCGCCGUGUAUCUGCUGGGAGCAGCGAAUAUGUAUAAUUAUACGAACGGGGAUCCAACAUGGAGAGACCGAGUAGAGCGUAUCCUCAACGCGUCCGACGUCUUCUUCGCCGACAACCCCAAAGACGUUAUGUACGAGCGCGCCUGCGAGACGGUGAACACCUGCAUGGUCGACCAGCGCUCGUUUAAGGCGUACAUGGCGCGCUGGAUGGCCGCGACGACGCAGAUGGCGCCUUUCACAUACGACCGCAUCAUGCCGAAACUCCGCGCCUCAGCCCUGGCGGCGGCAAAGACAUGUACGGGCGGGAACAAGGGCACGAGCUGCGGAUUGAAAUGGACGGAGGAGAAAUGGGACGGCAGCAAGGGCGUCGGCGAGCAGAUGAGCGCCAUGGAAGUGUUCCAGUCGAACCUGAUCACCAGGGUUGCGCCGCCGGUGACCAAUUCCACUGGCGGCACCAGCAAGGGAGACCCGUCUGCAGGGGUUGGGGGUACUGGCGCGAGCCCGCUGCCUUCAGCGUACACGGAUCCGAUCACCGCGGGGGAUCGAGCUGGCGCGGGAAUCUUGACUACGCUGAUGCUUGUUGUUUUCAUAGGCUGUGCGGGAUGGCUCAUGUAUGAGUAG